AUGAAUGCCUUUGGUAUUAAAAACAAUAGAUUCCAAUAGAAGGCUGCAAAUAAAAAGCUUUUAUCAAAGGAAAAACUAAAUAAUCUUGAGAUUCAACAAUAAAAGCAAUUUCCCUAGCAGAUAUCAAAUGAAUCCGAUAGAUUGCAAAAUAGAAAGGAAUCAAUCACAGUGGUUAGUCCAACAACUCCAAUAUCAGGAUUUCACGUACCCAUUUUCUAACCAGCAAAAUUUAUUUAUGAUAUUACACAUAAAACAUAAUGA